AUGAGGCUUCGACCAGGACGCGCGGUUGCUCUGGCGCUGCUACUGCAGUUCGCCUUGGUAUGGAGCAAGGCAGUGGUUGAUCCGCAGCAGAGGCUGACGCAGCUCACACCUCCGCAAUCGCAGCAGCCGGCUAUACCUUACAGCGCGCAAGCAGCUGAAAAGCGUGUAGGCUACGGAGGCGCAAGUGACUUCGGAGGUGGCGGCGGCGGUUUCGGAGGAGGAGGUUUCGGCGGUGGCGAUCACGGAGCCGGAGGUGGCUUCGGCGGCGGAGGUUUCGGUGGUGGCGAUCACGGAGCCGGAGGCGGUUACGGCGGUGGUGGCGAUUUUUCACCUAGCGCUGGCCACGGUGGCUUCGGAGGCGGCGCCCCGGCCGAUUUCGGUGGCGCUCACGGUGGCGGCGGUUCGGGCGGCUACGGCGGCGGCUCUCCGGCCGACUUCGGUGGACACGGCAGUUCUGGCGGCGGUUUUGGCGGCAGUCCCCCCGCAGACUUCGGUGGCCACGGUAGCGUCGGUGGCGGCAGCAGCUACGGCGACAGUCCUCCACCGGAGUUCGGUGGUGGUCACGGUGGAGGGGGCGGAGGCGGCUACGGCGGUGGCGCGCCCGCUGAUUUCGGUGGCCACGGAGGCGGUGGUGACUUUGGCGGUGGUCAUGGCGGCGGCGGCGAUAUCGGCGGUGGACACGGUGGUGGCGGCGACUUCGGGGGCUACCCCGGUGCCGGAAGCGGUGUUACCGAUUUCAAUGGCCAUGGUGGCGAUUCGGGCGGAGGCUAUCCGGGAGGUGCGUCCGACGACCAUCAUCAUCACGACGAUCAUCACGACAAAGGAUACUGGAAGAAGAAGCUGAUCUGGAAGCCCGGAUGGAAGAAGAUCUGGAAGCCAGCCAAGAAACAAAUCUGGAAACCGGCGUGGAAGAAGAUCUACAAGCCCGAGUGGAUACCUACCAAGAAAGCAAUAUGGAAGGACAUCCAAGUACCAGCUUGGAAGAAAGUUUGGAAGCCUGUGUGGAAAGAGAUCGAGGUCCCCGCGUGGAAAGAUAUCAAAGUACCUGCAUGGAAAAAAGUUAACAAACCAAUUUGGGUGCCGAUAAAGGUCCCCGCCUGGAAAGAAAUUCAAGUCCCCGAUUGGAAGAAGGUCUACAAACCAAUUUGGGUUCCCAUCAAAGUACCAGCAUGGAAAGAGAUUCAAGUGCCGGCCUGGAAGAAGAUCUGGGUGCCAGAGUGGGUGAAGGUUGGCAUUCCUGGAGAAAAACAUUUGGGCACUGACGCUCACGGCUGGGAAUACACUAGCCACGAUCUCUGGAAAAAGAAACUCAUUUGGAAGCCACUUUGGAAGAAGAUUUGGAAGACAGCCAAAAAGCAAAUUUGGGUCGAAGAAAAGAAGCUGGAGUGGAAGGAAGAAUGGAAGCAAAUUUGGAAACCAGCCAAGAAACAGAUAUGGGUCGAAGACAAGAAGCUCGCGUGGAAAGAAGAGUGGAAACAGAUUUGGAAGCCAGGUAAAAAGCAAAUUUGGGUCAAGGACAAGAAGCUCGAGUGGAAGGAGGAGUGGAAGCAGAUCUGGAAAACGGAACAGAAGCAAGAGUGGAUCGAAGACAAGAAACUCGUGUGGAAGGAAGCGUGGAAAGAAAUUCAAGUGCCCGCGUGGAAGGAGAUCUGGGUGCCAGCUUGGAAGAAGAUCUGGAAGCCAGUCUGGAUAUCCGAGUGGUUCCCCAUCGACGAUCAUCACGAUCAUCACGACUCGGGAUGGAAGGACCGUAAGGACACGGUACCUCAAGCGAGCAGCCAGCAAGCGCAGCAAGUUCAACUGCCCGCGGCGCAGCAGCAGCAGAUCAAUCCUCAGCAGUCUCAGUCGGUGAGGUGGGACAGGUCGUAUCAGGUAGGGACUUCCCCGGCGGCCCUGACCUCCUCCUCGAUGACGCACGAUCUCGUGCCUCCGCCUCUCAAUCAACCAGUUAAUCAACUGGGUCAGCAAUUUGGCAGUGCCGCUCAUUGACGCGCGACGAUUGGAACGACGCUAUGAAGCGGCUCGCUCGCUCGGCGGCCGCUAAUAGGCAACCUAAUAACCUGUACAAAAUGAUUUCGUAUGUUCUUAACGCAGAAUCCAGUAUGAUGACUUAGCAAGAUCUUCUCGUCGCCUAGACUGUAUAAUAGGUAUUAUAACGCUCAAGUAUGGAAGCCAAGAAUCAAAGGAAACUCAUUACUCUGUAAAUAUUAAUUGUUAAGCUGCGACGGCUGCACGAUGUGGCGCCUGCACGGUGACAAGCCUUGCUUGUUCUUAUUACGCAAGGCAAACUCGACUGAAAAGGCCCUUUUUUACGUAGUAAUAUUAAAAUGUAAUAAUUUUUAUUACCAUUAUUUUUUUUUUUUACAAAUUCAUAAUGUGCUUUGUACCACAAGUUUGUCUGAUAAUAUGAUAUGUAUUUAAUCGUGCCUUCAUCUAUCAACUUUUGUAUUACCAAUGGAUGUUUUUUUUUUCAUCGCCAUGCGAGGGUUCGUCAUGAUCUAUUCUUUAUUUUUAUACUUUUCUUUUUUACAUUUUCCACUCUCAUGAAUUGUUACCAUCUUUUCUUCUAUUCU